AUGCGAGACAGUCGAGGUCAUCUCAACCGCAGAAGUACGAGAGUGCUAGAAGUCUUCUGGUACAACAAUGAGCAUGUGAGAGAUGGGAAGGAUGCGAAGCGGAAGCCAGAAGAGCCCACCAGGACGAAACGUAGUCUCACCCGUGCAGAUGUUCAAAAGGCCUAUUACCAGCGCUGGUCGACCUCCCAAGCCCUAGUCAAGUCUCGCUGGACUGUCGCCAAGGGCGACCAGAAAGUCAGGACCAAGUGGUCUCCGCUUGGAAGGCCCGUUAGGAGAAAAGCUCGCGAGGAAGGUGCUGAAAACAAGGAUGAAAUCGUCUUCUCUGCCGACGGCAAUGCCUUGUACUGGAACCACCAUUUUGCAAAACUAAACGCUCGACACGAUACUGCUUUGACCCAUGAUUUCACUCCUAGGACGACACCCAAUCUCAUCUUUCUCUCCCGGAAAUGGGCUACCCGGAUACUCAGUGCCAAGAAGUUUGGAGACCUCGAAGAGAUGGCUACACUGCUUGGGAGGGAUUGGAGAAGGAAGUGGAUGCAUGCUUUGCUAUGGACAAUGGCCAACUCGAUCGAUGACACUAUCCGCCUACUGGAGAUCACCCAUCUUUCACCAUACUUGCCUGCUGCUUACAUUACCGAUGCCUUGGCCUUUGUUGUUCAACAUCACGCCAAACAUUCAAUCUCCGACGACACUCGUAAACACUUAGUUCACGUCAUUUGCACCAUAAUGGAACGUCCGGGUACUACUCCUCUCCAAAUCACUGGCAACACUCUCCGCAGACUGCUACAACUCUGUACUGAGGACGAGAUUUCGCGACUGUUUGAGAGUGUCGUUCUUAGCGGCACACUCUUGCACUGGAAUACUCGUCUGCACUAUUCUACAUAUUUGGCCCAUCAUGGCCGAUUUGACCAGGCUUUAGACAUGCUCCUCGAUGCCGUCUCUGAUGGGGCCGACGUUGGGUCUAGGCAGUUCGAGAGUUGUUGCGCCACCAUUCUUCGAAAAGCCGCUGAUCAACCUGAUGGCCUCCGUGUCAGUCUUCGUCUGGUUCAAAACUUAUCUGACAUAGGCGUAACACUCAACGUCCAACUUUGCAAUAUCGUCAUGCUUAAUGCAGUCGAGGCCAACGACUUGAAGACGGCUUUCAGCAUCUAUCAUUCGCUGGUGGACAAUGACCUACAUGCCGAUGAGUACACGCAUGCUAUUCUUCUCAAGGGCUGCAAGACUGUGAUUGAGAAUUCGGAAACUCUCAAUACCACUAUUCGUCAGGCUAUAGCCGAUGUCGAGGUGCGGAAUUUGAACGUUGUAGCAACCGAGAUUGUACACUGUCUCUGCCUACAUCACUUCCAAAUUGAUCCCGAAAACGCCUUCACUACAGUCUCAGAGGCCUACACUCAACUGUUCGAUACAGAAGCUCUCGUCAACCUUGGAAUAUUGCCUCAGAGGUACGAGAACAAAUCUAUGAACAGGAUGAAGCCCACUAUACCCGUCCUUGGUAUCAUGGUAGCAGCACACCUUCAAAAUAUCGUCCAAUCACAAAGUCGUAAUAUUGGCCACAUUCACGAGUUGUAUAGACGAUGGCGAAGUCUUGUGGAGCAUGAUGUCCGUCCUCAUGGACAUACGGCCAACAAAGAUUACAUCUUCAACUCCUUCUUGAUGGCAUUUGUCCAAGACCCGACUGGUCUCUCAUACGCCGCCGAGGUCAUUCGUGACAUGCAAACGCCCUUACCCAACAACCGUUCACAAGCAAAACCGAGUGUGCGGACGUGGUCAAUCUUCUUGCACGGAUUUGCUAAACAUGGCAAGAUGGAACUCGCAGAGCAGGUGCUCACAUAUAUGCGCGAGAAGAACAUGAAGCCGAAUGAGGUCACGUGGAAUUCACUGAUCGGAGGAUAUGCUAGACUCGGCAAAUCGAACGAGACGGUGGAGACAUUUGUCCGUAUGCGAGACGAGGGCUUCGAGGCUGAUACGGUGACGCAACGUCAUUUCGGCAAGAUCAAGCUCGACAGUGUCAGAGCUAGUGCUUGGGGCAGUAGCGAGCAGAAGAAAGAGUCAGAGCAACAGGCAGAGAGCAAGGAAGCCCAUGGGCAACAACAAAUUGUUGAUGAACAAAGGGUUGAUGAUAAGGCUGACAGCACGAACGAGCUUGUUGAUGGUGUGUACACGCUGAGCGUAUAGAGCUCGAAUGUAAGUAGUAAGAAUAAUCUUUGUACAUAUAGAAAGAACUUCCCCCACU